UGCAAAAGAUCACGUGAGAGAGCUCCCGCGUGUUGACAGAGCGCAGGAGCCGCCGCUGCUCCCGCCCUUCCUCCCCCGGCUCCUGGGGCAUCUCCGAACCGACGCGCCAACCGCCACUGACCGGGGACAGGAUGAGGCCUACGGGCACCUUCCAGCCGUUGGUCGGUGGGGAAGCGCCGGGGCAGGAACACACUCCAAUACGCAUGCGCGGCACGUCGGCCAUUACUCGCGGGGCGCCCUGCUGCUCGCGCUGUGCCGGGUGUGCGCCGCCUGGCGGUGAAGCUGGGCGCAGAGCAGCGUGUUGCAGGGCGGGGCCUCUCCAUUUUGGGGCCUUGUUUGGAAGGGGAGGGGGAUGUGGCUGUCCCGGGGAGCCUGAGGGGAAGUGUCAGAGAGCUGCACUUUUCCAGCAGCACCCCCCAGCCUCUCAGCAGGAGGGGCAACAACAUGGAGGCCGGCCGGGGGGUGCUGCUGGACCACACUCCACAUUUCCACCUGGCCUGGGCUGCUAACGAAUGUGCUAGGCCAGAGGUUCUUGCCUGGAUCUGGCCCCCGAGGCUCCGCAUUGAGGAGCCCGUGCUGGUGCUCCAGUCCCCCAGCCACUCGCCCACAGGGCUGGAUCACACAAAUCUACUCGCCUCAGUCCCCUAGGCUCUGGUGUGCAAGGGGAUUGUGGGGAGUGUGUUUCUCCUCAGUCAGGGGCCUCUCACUUUGUGUGUGGCCCCGGCUGACUGAUUUUUCUGUGGGUCAGCGGCCCCUGAUCCAAAAAAGGUUUCCCACCCCUGCCUUAGAGGGUGACCUCCUCUUCAUACAUUCACAAUGUUGUUUAACACCAUUACAAACGCUGGAAGCAAGAUCGGGUGUGUGUGUGUAUAUAUAUAUAUAUAUAUAUAUGGGGUGCAGAGUGAGAGCCGGCAAACUCUCCCAUGUAAUAACUUGGGAACAUAGUGGUCUCACCCUCAGUUUGAGAGACCCCACCUCUGUUGGAUGAGUGAUGGGAGUGAUUCACCUUGUGAUGCAUCUCCCUCACCCUUGCACUAGUCUUAAGCUUCCAUUCAGGGGGCUGCUUGUGAACCAUACAGACUGGCACAGUUCCUGUCUUGUGUACCAUAGAGAUGACCCUUGCUGUGUGGUCUCCCUCUUCCACCAAAACAGCACCACUACUCCAGGCUACAUAAAAAAUACUAGUGAAGUCAUUGCAAACUAAAAUUUGAUAGAGACAAUAACUUGUUUAUACUUCUCUAUUUAUUAUAUAGUGAAAUAGGAAGUCUUGCCCCUUCACUCUGACUGGGCAUGCUCCAAACGCUGGGACAGCAUAAAAGGCAGUAACACAGCUCAGUCUGGGCUGGCCAGCGAAGGACAAGAACCUUCACCAGGAGCUCCAGAACCGCACUGGCCAGAGACUCAGAUGGUGGGACCCCGGAGACCGCCGCAAACUACCAGCACCGCAGGAGCCCCAGGGAGAGCCGGCUGCGGAGGAUCCAGAGACUUCUUUUAAUGGACCUGCACCAGCAUUGGAAGGAAGUGACCCAUGGACGGUAGCGGAAUGGUAUCUCCCAUUCAGGUGAACUUGGUGUGUUUUGUUCGGACUCCCUGCUGAGCGAGUGACAGAAUGCUCUGCCACUCACGGGACACUGGGUUGGGACCUAGUGGAAUAGGAUAUGCCUAGGUCCCCCUACUGGGGCAGUUGCCCUCCCCCCCAAUUUAUUAACUCUGCACUGAGUUAAAGGGCUACUCCAUAAUGACUUUGGCCACAAGGCUGUGCUUACCCUGAGUUAAAAGGCCAUUCCCCUUUAUUGACUUUGCCCUGAGCUGAGGGCUUCCCCAUAAUUGACUCUGACCAUGUUGCCCUGUGUUAAAGGGCCACUCCCUAUUGACUCUGGCUAGUAGGCCACGCUGCCCUGAACAAAAGGCCAUUCCCCUUCAUUGACUCUGGCUGAUAGGCUGUGUUGCCCUGAGCUAAGGGUUCCCCCAUCAUUGAUUCUAGCUGUUAGGCUGGACUUCUUUGAGAUAAGGGCUAACUUCAUUGUCUCUGGCUGUCGGCCUUUACUGCCCUGAGUUAAGGGUUAAUUCUAUUGACUCUGGAUGUUGGGCUGGAUAGCCCUGAGAUGAGGAUUGACCUUAUUGACUUUAGCCAUUAGGAUAUACUACUCCAGACUGAGGGUUGUUAUUUACAGACUAAAAGAGCCUGCCAACUGACCGGCGACUAAGUAAGCGGUGUCCACACACCGGGUCCCCUCAACCCCAGAGAUGGAGUGUGCAGAGGCUGCAAUGGUAUGAAUAUUCAAUUUUGGAAGGAAGUCUCUGUGGACAUGAAUGAAUCAAAUUGUGUGUUUUGUCAUAAUCAAUGCACGUGAUGGACAUAGGUCUUCAAAGUUCUAUUUACAAAUGCACAGUGCUGUACUUUCCUGCAAGGGAGGUAGUUCUCCCCAGAAGAUCCACAUAUCACAUCCCCAUCAACUGCAUUUCCCUGGAUACUGAGCUGUAACUUUCAAAGCAUCAGAAACAAAACUUCUAAAGAUCCGCCUUUCUCUCCUCCUUAUUGGACAAUGUAAAUCAGAGCUUUUUAAGACCAUCUGUGUCUAUUGUCUGUAUGAGUUAACAGAGCAAUGGAACAUGCAUUAGUUAACUGAAAGAGACUUGCUUUACUUCUAGCUCUCCUUCCACAUCUCUCCCAGUAGAUCAGUUUGGCAGGAUCUUAUUAGCUACAUUUGACAGUUUUGCAAAAUUUAUGAACAAACUUACUUCAGCUUGGACCUUCCACAUUUAGGAUUUAGGAUUUAGAAACGUGAUAGCAGUUUUUAUUUAUGAGCCUCAGUCUCUCUUUUGCUAUUAUCUUUAGCACUAUUUUUUAUGUACUGUUGGAGAAGGAAAAUUUAUUGUCUUAAUUUCCUUAGUGCAGGAGACUUUGCAUGCGUUCUUGCUUAUAUUUGUGUUCCCCCACUCCCACCCCUUCUCAUGCAAAAAUGCAGUGGUUGUUGUAGCACCUAAACUUUUAAUUUUUCAGUAGGCUAUUGGUGUGCAUUUGUGGGGGUUUUUUAUUGUUAUUUCUAGCAGCAAGAUGCUAUUAGAUGCAGAGAUGAGGAAAGCCAACAUCCUAGCCUCUCUCCAGGCUUUGGGGGAGGAUUCUGCAAAUGGGAGAAAGAGAAGGAAUCCUAGAAGAAAUUUCAUCUCUGAUCUGAGUCCUGCUGUGUGCGGCUGCCUUCCUCCAGGGAAACUUCUGUGUGGAUCCAGAUUCACUGAUGGAAUUCUCCAAAGGGGAAAUCUCAUAGGCUCACUGGCUUUGGAAAGGGUGAAACUGCCAAAGGCAAAGCUUGGGAAAAAGUUCAGAAUUCCUAAAGGCAAAGGAAACAGGAGAUGGGCACUCUCCCAAUCUAUGCAGCACAUCAUGCCCUCAUCCCAGGAAGACCAGCCAAAUCUUCUGUUCAGAUUUCAGAAAAUUGCUAAAAGCAUUGUCAUACUUUGCUUACUUUACAGAGAGCACCAUCUUCUAGCCAACCUCAGCUAUGGGAUUGAGCGAGUCAAGAGAUGGAGAGCCCAGCCAAACCACAUGGAACAGUCUAAAGAAGAGAUCCUCUUUGAUGUGACACUGUUCAGAGCUAAUAAACAGUCAAGGAUUUCUGAGCACGCCAUACAUAUUCUUCGUCAGUGUCCUCAGGAGCGAAGUGAAAAGGAUAUCAGCUACAUACUAAUCACUCUGCAGCCUGUGAAGGCCUUUGGAAAUUACUCCACAAUUAUUCAGAAGAAGAUGGCAAAGGCUGCAUGGUAUUCAAGGUAUGAAUCCUGCCAAGUAAUGAUCCAACAGGGCUACACACCACACUCCUUCUAUAUCUGUCUCUCAGGAUCUGCAACAGUUAUCAAGAAGAACAAUGACAGUGGUGGGGUAAAGCCUACCUGGUUCUUUAGUCAAGGGGAUGCAUUUGGGGAUAGAGAGAUUAUAAAUGGUGACUGUUGGCAGACAACUAUUAUUAUUCAGGAACCCGCUGAGUUUCUCUGUAUUGACCGAGAGGAUUUCGUCAAGAUAUUCCUGUACGAUGGGAAAAAAGUGUUUGGAGACCCUGAGCAGAUGUGGUUUCUGAGAAGUCUGCACUGUUUUAAAGGUUGGCCCAUCCAUCUGCUGGAAGACAAUCCUGGGAAAUGCACAGUCUGCCGUUACAGAAGAGGAACUGUCAUUCUGAGAAACAGUAAUAUGACUGACUGGAUUUACAUUGUGAAAGAAGGAAGUUGUUCUGUGCUGAAGAUUUUUAAAGAUGAUUCUUGCCUAAGCAACAGAGAUUCCUCCAACAGAAUAACACAAGCUGAAACUGACAUUCACAAAUCUUUGUUGACAAGCAGGACAGAGUCUCCUGUCAUCAUCACCAUAGAUACUUUGCUGCAGGGAGCUGUGUUGGGGCUGUUAGACUUUCUUUUUGAGGAUCAGCCAAAUUUGUGUGUAGUUAGCAAUGGAGCUGAGUGUUUUAAAAUCUCAAAGAAGUUUUAUCUGCAUCAUGCUUCCAAAGAUCUACUGCAGAGGCUGCGGAAAAAAGAACGUUCCUAUCCCAGUGAGGCAGAGCUGAAGGAACAGCUGCAGCAGGAGAUACAAUGGCAGAUUUUUCGCAAAGCAUCUUUAAUGAACACAGUUCAACAGAUUGAACUUAAACGCAAACUGCUUCAACAUUCCUAUAUGAGUAAUGAGCUUUACCCAUGGUGGAAGAACUGACUUGUGCACAAAUUUUUGCAACAGUAGAGCUAUCAGUCCAUACCCGCUUACGUGGCUAAAACAUCUAUCUCCAGACAUGAAAGAUGGCAGUGUUAAAUCAGGGCUAUAAUGUCUUCACUUUUAGGAUGGGCUACAGUAGCAAAAACAUUAAGGGAAGUGUCUUCUCUCUGUGUGUUAAUACCUAGUAUUAUAAAACUCUUUGCUUCAUGAUAAUUACCUCUGUGAUAGACAUCUGUUUUAUUAUCUACCAAUCUUCUACCCAACUGCUAUCAAAAGUGAAGAAACAUGAAGUUUUUUCUAGACAAUUGGUACACACUGGAUCAAAAUGUCACAGCAGCCAUUAUCUAUCAACUUCAAUAUAACUCACUGGAUUAAUUACACUGAUUAUUGCUGAAGGUAACAAUAGCAGAGUUAGAUUGUAUGGUGUACCUUGUAUAACAAGGCUAUUAUUAUUUCCUGGAAAGAAACCAGGAAAGGCUUGAAUAUUUUCUGCUGGAGAAAACAGUGCAUGAAAAAUUUAGAAUUUGCCAUAGCAUAGAAACAGAAUAUGAUUUCAGAUACUUAAAAAUUGAAUCUAAUGUUGUGGAAUUCUGUAGUUUGUAUGAAAGAAUAGGCUAAUAACCUUGAAAAAACAGCCAAGAAGCUGCAACUAUGAGUAGUGUUGGUGCCAUUCUGGGUUUUACUUUAAAAUACUCUGCCUUAAUUAACCUUUACAAUUGUACCUUACUACUUUUACUGUUAACUGAUUGUUUUAUAUUUUAAAACUUGUCUAAAUUAUGCGUUAGUGUAUGUAACUUGAAUGCAGAAGUACAUUUCUACUUCCAGGUAGUGUUUACUUAAAUUGAUUCACUGAUAUGGCAACUGUUUUUAUAAUUACUAUUUAAAAUAUUGUAAAAUGCCUGUUUUCUGACUUUGGACUCAAAGAAAAUAUCCUCCCUCACUUGAUGGUUCAGUCUAGGAAAGGAGAGAUAAUUGCCAUGUUACUGAUUUUGUUUGAAUCUUCUGUUUAAAAAAAAAUGUAUCUUAUACAUUUUGCAAUUAAUAGGAAAUAAAACAAAAUACAAAAUCUAUAUUAGAAUUUUAUUAUAUUCUGGUGAAAUCAAAGUAAAAGGAACAUCAAAACAUCCACAAACUGUGACUGAAUGUUACCUUGUCAUGGUCACAUGGGGGACAAAAGUGCUUGUAAGAACAAAAGAAUUAGAGGGAUUAUUAGAAUUGUAACACUGGUGAUACUUUAUUUCCUGUAUGAAGAAUUUUAUUCAGUAGGUAUUAAAGGCUGAAUGAAAGUCUACUACUGAUUGAUAAAUGAACACAGAAAAAUCCUAAAGAACCCAACUCUCAUCCAAAACAUCUAGAACUUUAAUAUUUACUGUUCUACCCUUAUGCAUUUUCAAGAGUGAAUGAUGGCAUUAAGAUGAUGGUUAACAAACUGGUAACUUUAUCAUUUUCACCAUGGUAAAGAGGGAUGACAGACUUUAGAAUUUAUUUAUACAUUCACAGUAGGGACAAGAUCACUUUUAAAGCUUAAAUUCUAUUGACACAUGCCAAUUGUGGUGGCACACCUAAAGCAUCUUCUAGUCAGUCAGUUGAAUUCAGAUGCAUCUCAGCCAUCCUAUCCUAGUCUAAAUCUGUUUACCCCAGAAAUAUGCAGUAGUAUAUGAAGACUGGAACAGCAACAGUAGAUUCUCUCUUUUUUUUUUUUUAAACACACACACACUUUCCUAAGGCCCUUUUUACAUUUCUCCACCUCACCUACAGCAGUGAUGCAUAAUAUUACGUAAACAUUUACUGAAUUAGCACUUAGUUGAGGUAGCAGGUGAGAACAGAGGCAGCAGUAACAGAGUACUGUACUGCAGAGAAGAUGGAAUUUCUAGCAAAACAAAGGUACUACUUUGUUAGUUUUCUUAUAUUUUGGCAAUAUUAUAAACUAAACAAACAAAAAGGAGAUAUCUCCCCAUAGGAAAAAAUCUUUCCAGAAAGAAACACUAUUCCUAUUAAAAAAAAAAAAAAAAAAAAAA